ACAAUAUUGUUUAAUAUACUUGAUCCGCGAUAAAAUUGUUGUACUAAUAAGUAUUUUCUUCCGGUGGAAUAUAUGUAUAUAAAAGCACGAACAUUCACUGAAUCAGUGAUUAGAGACAUUUAUUCAUUAUAAUCAGUAUUAAAAAAAAAAAAUGUGUCUUUUCUUUGUUAUUUUAUUAUUAUUUACUACUUUCGAUUUAUUUGCAUCAAUUGGAACUUGUGAUAGAGAAAACCAUGGAUUACAGACAGAUUUUCGAUAUAGCAAUGAAUUUUUUCAAAAUAUAAAAAAUUGGUUUUAUAAUUUAAAAAAUCAAAUUUAUGAGCAAUUUUUUGAAUUAAGAAGCAGAGUAAGAAAUUAUGAAUGGCAAUUAUUAAAUUUAUCUACUUUAUUUUUCAAUUCUAAUGAAGAUUUGAGAUUUCGAAUUGGCAAUUGGUAUUUUAUUCGGAAAGAUUUUAUGAAUCAAAAUGAAUUUGAAUAUAAUUCUGAUGAAUUAGAUGUUACUUCUCAACUGUCCAGUAUUACUCAGCCAAAAGACUCAACCGAAACUAAUACUGAAAUAACAUCUGAAAUUACGAACAGUCUAGAAGUUACAAAAUCUUUACCGAGAAGCUUAUUCACGACUAUCUUGAUACAACAAACUGAUACAACGAUACAAACUACUGAACAAACAAAUGAACAAUCAAAAAAUAAUGAAGCUGAUAACGAUUUUGUUCAUAAAGGAUCAGUAGAAGUUCUUAUGGGAUAAUCUAACAUCCGAAAAGAUAAUAAAAUUUUAUGAUUUCUU